AUGUAUUGCCAGAAAUGUCGGACACCGCUGAAGCUGGAUGGCUCCCUUGAGGCGCUCAACCCGGCGGCCUUUGACUUACUCGUCGGCUCAACAGGCAGAACUCUUCCGGAAAAUACCACCACAUCCUCUACGCUACCUUCCUAUCCCCCCGAAAGACGAGAGCUCUACGACCGAGUCUCCAACCAUGCUACGUCGCCAGUAUACAGAAGAUCCAUCCCAGCACCCCGGCCUACGGGCAGCGGCCGAAGCAACCCUCCCAGGCUGGGCCGAGGAGACAGCGGCAACAUGUCGUUCGUCAUGCUCACGGAGUCACAGGUCGGCCCACCCCAUACCAGCUCGAGCAACAAUGGAGAAGGUCAGUCGUGGGCGAACAAAAGGCCGUCUGGCGCCCCGAACAGCGAACGGGAACCAGAAGACGGGUCUUUCUCGGAUCAAGUAGAGAGAUCAAAUCGGCUAUUUGAAAUCAUAUCAGCUCGCUCCGAUAUAGACCAUCCGAUUUGUGUUGAGUGCACGGAGAUGCUCGUGGAUGGGCUACAGAAACGGCUUGUGUCUGCCACCAAGGAGCGGGACGCUUACAUAUCAUUCCUAAGGGACUUGAACUCCUCAGCACCCACAGCCGAGGAAAUCGAGGCGGCUGAAAAGUCGCUCAAGGAGACUCUCGCGGCGGAAGAGGCGGCAUUUGAGGAGCUUGUCGCAUUGGAGAAGGAAAAGGCCGCCCUGGACGAGGAAAUCGCAGCUCUGGAGGAAGAGUCGCGGCAGCUGGACCUCGAGGAGGAGAAGUUCUGGCGAGACCGGAACGCAUUUGCGUUGACGCUGUCCGAAUUUCAGAACGAACGCGAUGCCCUGAAUAUGCGGUACGAUCAUGAUUCACGCCAGCUGGAACGACUACAACGCACUAACGUUUACAAUGAUGCCUUCUGUAUUGGGCACGACGGCUACUUUGGGACCAUCAACGGGCUGCGACUGGGUCGUCUGACCAAUCCGUCGGUGGAGUGGCCGGAAAUCAACGCAGCUUGGGGUCAGACGACACUACUGUUGGCUACUAUCGCUGAGAAGUUGGGAUUCCAGUUUCAGGGGUAUCGACUGAAGCCAAUGGGAUCCAUGUCACGGAUUGAGAAGAUCGAAUAUCCACGAACGUCACCAGCUCAGUCCGCGCUCGGUGGGGGUAGCGCAGAGACCUCUCCGGCGGCGAAGAUCACCACUCUCGAUCUCUUCUCUUCUGGAGAUCUCCCGCUCAAUCUCCCUUGGCUUCACCGCCGGUUUGAUGCAGGUAUGGUCGCUUUCCUGGAAUGUUUACGUCAGCUGGGAGAAUUUGUGGAGACGACGCCAGCACCUGUCUCGUCGACUCGUCGGGGUCACGGUAAUGCUCCCGUAGCAGGGUUGAAACUCCCGUACGAGAUCAAGCGGGACAAAAUCGGCGAUGCGAGCAUCAAACUUGGUUUCAACCAAAACGACGAGACCUGGACGCGUGCGUGCAAGUACACGCUGACCUGUUGCAAAUUCUUGCUAGCUCAUGCAAGCAAUGUUGCCAGUGCUGGAUCCAGUAAUUCCGCAGCUGUGGCGGCUGCAGCUGUCGCAGCGGGCGAACAGGCCCGACUCGCAACGGCCAGUCCGACUCGAAAGUAG